UGCCUUUAUUCAACACUUGUAUAUGGUGGGAAAUUUAUUAUUACACCAUGACGUUGUCAGUUGUAUUUUUUAUUGUAGAAUUACCACAACUUAAAAGUUUUGCAAUUUUAGUUAUAGAAAAUGGAGUUAGGUAAAAAGUUAUUGGAGCAGGGCUGGCACAUAACGGAAGAAGGCAUUAAAAAAGUUAUUGCUGCUGCCUCCAAUGAGGAUGGUACGGAAGUCAAUGAUGUACGAAAAGUUAUUUCUACCAUAAUGAAUAUUGAUUUUCGAGAAAUUGCUGGAGGCGCUCUUCCUAGUAAAAGAGACGAUAACAUUCCUGGCCGAAUUGUUCUCCAAUUGCAAAAGACAAGAAAUAUAUCAGCGCCUAAAUCUAAUGAGGAAUCCAAAACCGCUCCAAGAUUUUUACAAUUGGAAUUGACAGAUGGGCAAACAACAAUUCAUGCCUUGGAACUAGAAAAUAUUUCUGCGUUGAGCAUGAAUUUGCCACCAGGAACAAAAAUUUAUUUCCGUUCCGAGCGGCUUCAGUUAAUGCAAAGUUUUUUGAUUCUACGUUCUUCAGAGCUACAGGUUUUAGGUGGUCGAGUUGAGGCAAUGGCAGAAAAAUGGGAACUGGCCCGUACUAUGUUGAAAUAUGCCAAAAGUGGUCGCAGAAUGAGCGGAGUUAAUGGUCCACCGCCAUGGAUACCAUUUGGGAAAAAAGUUGAAAAUUCACUUACAAAUGAUCGUAAUUUUAAAAGUUUACAAGCAGUAGGAUCAGACGGGAAAGAAACAAAAGAGAACGAGGAGUUCAAUGCAAUGCGAAACGAAGCAAUAGCAGAAGCUAGUAAAACAGGAUCUAAAAAGGUCUUUGGCGGGGGCGGACAACAAAUGCUGGAUCAUAAUGUCAAAAAGAUACUCGAAAAAGGUUUUAGUGAGGAAGAUGCGAAACAGGCUUUGCGCACCACUAAUAAUAAUUUGGAGCGAGCCCUUUAUAAUUUAAAACGUCGUGGAGAAAUCAAACGAGCAGAAGAGAACGUUAAUGGCAAUUUCAAAAAUACGCAAUCUAGUACAUUUAUGACAGCGAAAAGUAAUCGCGGAGUACCAACAAGAGAAGUGGGGUCUGGAAAACGUGGCGGACCUCCAGCAAAAGAAGAAGUUGUAGCGAAACCAGCAGGAAAUGUAUCUCUUUUUGAUUUCUUAACGGAUAAGUUACCAGUAGAUGCUGGAUUGAUAAAUCAUGCGACCAAUUUGACAUCUUCUACGAAUAUUUCGGAAGAUUCGUCAAGAUCAAAUAAAUUUGAAAAAAUUAGGAAGGAAACCUCUAAACCCAGUAAUAGUGAAAAGAAAACAAGCCUUGACAGCGCUGUCAAUUCUAAUUCUAACGCUAUUCGUCCAAGGUUUGAAAAUACUAUGUCCAGUAGUUUUGCGGCUAACCGUUCAGUUGGACCAGUAAAUGUACGUCAAAGAAGUGAACGCGGUAAUACUAAUAUCAAGGGAGGACGAAACUCUAAUGAACGUGUCAAAAGUACAUCGAUUUAUAACCCGUUUAAAGACCCUCCAAACGAUCGUCCUAAUGAGGUUAUUCGUUCUUCCGGAGGCCUUCCCUCCGUUAAUAACCAAAAUGCAAACCAAGGUCGUAAUAACCGAGUAUCAUAUGAACGAGGAAAAAUUAUUAAUUCUUCGGGUGGAGAUUCAUUAGAGAGUGGAAAGGGUAAUUCUGCAAACAAGCGUGGAAAUGAAAAGCAACAACAGAGAAACCAUGGCGGUACAGAACGUAUCGGUGGACACAAUGAUCAAAGAAACCGCUUUGUCAACAAACGAGAAAAUAUCAAUCAACCCCAAAACAAUAAUUCUGAUGGUAAAAAUGGUGGUACAACUAAAAGUACGGCUACGCAAAAUUCAAACGCUAGUAAUGCAUGCCAAAUGAAUAAAUUAAUUGAAGAUACUUCUAAAUUGAAAAUUUCUGAUCCCGGUCGAAGUCCCGAAACGAGCAGUAACACAACUGUUGAAUUUCGGUCUAACUUGCAACAAUCACCGAGUGCUUCUCAAAAUUUUGGAUCAAGUCAGCAAACUAACCAAUUACAAAGCUCUACACAAGCUAAUAAUGGUUAUUCUUACGACACAAGUAAAAUAAUUGGUUUUCAAAACAAGAAAACAAAUGAAUUUGCUAUGACCUUGUUAAAGAGCCAAGGGUUAGGUGCAUCAAAAUCCGCUUUAGGUACUCAACAGCAACAACAACCAUUGUCAACCCAGUUACAAGCACCGUCUCAAAUGAAUACUUAUGUCACCCCUACAAGUGACUACUCGGUUCCCACUCCACAGACAGUGUCAGUACCCAUCCCCAGUCACUUUGGAAUGGUUCAAGGUGAUGGCUGGCACUGGAAAGUUGGAGAUUUAUGUUUUGCCAAAUACUGGGAUGAUGGACGGUAUUAUGAAGCUGAAGUAACUGCGGUGUCUGAGAAAACAUGUGUAGUAUUUUUCCUUGGAUAUGGAAAUCACGAGGAAGUUCUAAAAUCUGAUUGCCUGCCUAUAACUGAUGGCAAUCAUUGUCCUGUGAAUAAUUACAACUGUUCCAUCCCAUAUCAGCAAUCUCCACAAGAACAGUCCCAUGCAAUAUCACCAAUUAAUUCAUCUCAACAAAUGCAACAGGGAGCAUAUCAACGAGGCGGAGGGGGAUCGCAACGUUUUCGAAGUGAAAGGCAAAUGUAUGUCCCACCACACAAACGUGAAAAUUGACAGGUAUUACAAUAUCAAACAUUAUCAACAAAUGUGCAUGUGACGCAGCAUCCUUAAACAUAAAGAAACAGUUCAUUAAAUAUGCCAUUAGAAGACCGGCUACUUAAAUUUCUUCAAAGGGUCUUUGUUGGAACAAAUAAAAUAAUAAGGUUACCAAAGGCUUGUUAAAGUCAGAAAUAUGGCAUGAUGUAAAAAUUAUACAUGAGUUAAAACAAGUUCAGAUUUAUUCACAUGAUUCAAAAUUCUUUUAAUUUAAGCAAUUAUAAACUUUGAACAUGCAUCUGAACUUAAAUGAUGUGUGUAUGCUAAAAACUAAAAAUCGAUCUGUUUAAUUUACAAAUACUAAACGGCAAUGAUUAACCUAACUGGCAUAAAAUAGAAUGCAAAUAAAGAACAAUACAGUCAAAGCAAA